CCUUUCCUCUCUCAAACACACACACAGCUUUACCUACAUAACCACUCUCUCAGACGCACCAUAAAAUGCUAUUGAUAUGGCUUUCACAUAAAAACACACAUUUUACUAAACUAUUUAUGUAUAUUACAAGCCUUUUACAGGAGACACAGUGGGACAGCAAAGGAAGUAGGAACCAUCACAAGGACCAUCACAAGGACCGAGAAGAGUGCUAGGAUCACAGUCAUAGGAGAGGUCCCACUCCAUCCUAGGAAAGUUUGAGUGACAGUUGGUAUAACAGUUUGCAGUGAUCAUGUUACAGUCGCAACAAGAACGAUCAACGGACAACGAGAUGACUAUAUUGCAAACAUAAAAGCAGUGAUCACACUAUUCCUGGGAUUGUUUGUAUUACGAUCAAAUUAGUGGUGAGAGACGGUCAACACAGUGAUUGCACACUUGAUCACAGCAGUGCUCCUACUCUUCUCCAUACAGAGGGGCUAUGAGACUGAGAAGGAGCUUUUUUGACAGCCAGUUAAUACUUGUCCUCAACAUCGUCACAAACUAUGCCUGGCUGCUGCCAUCGCCGUGGGGAAUUUCCAUGGAGUCUGUAAAUAUGAGGCACUUGCUCAAGUGGCGCCGUCAACAGUCUCCUUGCAGUUCUGUCAUCUACUCUGUGCAGUUUCAGGGGGAAUUUGAGCUGAGGAUCUUGAAUGGAAGUUGGGAGGACGCGGUUGGUUGUCAGCGGGUCACACGGACGGAGUGCGACCUGACCUUUGACCUUGGUUCUGACUCAGACUACAACAUCCGUGUGCGGGCAGAGUGCGGAAGGCGUGUGUCACCGUGGGCUGAGCUCGGGAGGCCAUUCAACAGGAGAGAGACAAUCCUGACGGUGCCAGCUAUAACUGUGACCACCAUGGGUGAUGCCCUUCAGGUGACUUUCAAAGGCCUUCCCCUGACCGUGGGAGUGACUGUGACUAUCUGGAAGAGAGGCGAGUUGGUCAGGGGCAAGUCCUCCUUGCGUGUGAUCACAGUGCAACAGAAUCCGCUCCACAUCGACGCCCUGCAGGAGGGAGCAGUGUACUGCGUCAAAGCCCAGGCCCAUCUGGACACCCACAGCAAAAGCAGCAGCACUGACACACAGUGUGUCUCCAUCACAGGUCCUGGACCUACCUGGCUUAAGCCCACAACAGUGACUGUUAUCGUGGUGAUAUUAGCCGGCCUGGUGUUUUGUCUCUCUUGGUCAGUAACCCACUGUAGGCCAGAGGCCUGCUACGCCUAUUUCCGCAAGGAGCCACAGCCCACUGCACUGCUCCUUGAUUGGCCGCUCACAAGAGUCAAGAUCUAUAACCAAGAUGAGCUUCGUGAGCCAAUCCAUGCCGUCCUUUUAAGUGAGCCGCAAAGAGAACUGAGAACUGAGCCAUCCAGUCAAUUGGAUAAGUGGACACAAUCUAUAUGUUCAGAAGGCACAGACAGACCAUAUCAAGUUUGAUUGAUACUGUAGGUUAAUAAGAAUGGUCAGA